CCGCAGAGCCACCAGACUGACCCGCCGCACCCGGGUCUCAGGACCAGACCGUGCGACAGUUUCUUCCCCCAAGUCAUCAGACUCCUCAAUACUCAGGACUGGACUGACACUGGAACUAUCGUCCCGUUUUACUCGUUGUUGCAAUACUUAGUACUGUUGAAAUGUCCAGCGCCGUUCGCACAAGUCUUGGACGCGUACACUCGGCGUAGUCUGUGUGAUGUUUUAUGUAGCACCAGGGUCCUGGAGGAACGUUGUUUCCUUUCACCGUGUUACUGUACAGGGGUAUAUGGUUCAAAUGACAGUAAAGCCUUUAUUGACAUGAAAAUAUUGUAUCACAGAAAAUUUUCACUUGUGAGAAGUUUUAUUACAGAUUAAAACUGACAACUUUAUCUGAUUUACAGGAAAGAUUAUAAACAGUACCACCACCACCACCACCACCAACAACAACAAUAAAGAAGGACAUGAAAUGUCGUAUCAUGUUAACCGAGAAAAGCUACAGAUUAAUUUGAUUGAUCUGACGUGAUACGUUUAGAACGGCGGGCGCAAUAUUAAUGCUGAAAAACAAAGGGGAAAUAUUAAUGUUUUGUAGAAGAUUCAAUAAAAAAGGUUUCGGAAUGAUGGCGUUUUCAGUCUUCAGUCCACUUGUCCGGACCGUGGACGUUAACUCGGUCAGCUUGUCCUUCAGCACCUUAAAAAGAAGCUCGGACCGUAACGGGUCUUCUCCCGGGCCGCCAGGGCAAAGAAAUGAAGCAGAGGAGCGUUGUGUCAUUUCUAGGUACUGUUGCACUGGGGAUCAUUUGCAUACGACCAGCAGCUGGGGCUCCAGAGGCCUGUCACCUGGGGUCACCCGGGGUCACCCGGUGUGAACGGGUCACUGCUGGCGAGGCCAUACCGCGGUACUGCUGCGUGCUGGGUAGGUCCAAGCCCUUCGUCGGUGCCUCUGGCUCUACAAACAUAACGCACUCCAACAAACAUGCAGGUGUGUGCGUGUGCGUGUUCCGAAACGUUUCAGCGGACGAGUUUGACACCUUAUCGAUGGACACGUUUACUGUGACACGUUUAUCUUGUCGAACAGCGUGCAGCUCUGGUGUUUGCCAGGCGGGACAUGCGUGUCUCAGCACAUGCCGCCGCAGGCCUCAAGGGUGUGUGUGUGUGUGUGUGUGUGUGUGUGUGUGUGUGUGUGUGUGUGUGUGUGUGUGUGUGUGUGUGUAUUGUGAGAACAGCAGUAGACAUUCACAGCGCAGUGUGUGACAUUGUGGGAUGAUGCUGAAGUGUGCGAGAAGUCGAAUCACAUCUGGAGCACAACACACACGCACACACACACACACACACACACACACACACACACACACACACACACACACUGCAUUACCAGCGGUGGACAGAAUAAUCCGUCGCUUUUGCAAAAUAAAAACACAAAUAGAUGAAAGUUUAAGCCGGUAAAUAAUGUAAUUACAUUUAGUAAUACCUUGGACCAAGGCUUGGUGUAACUGAAUGGAUAAAUUAUUUGUUGUAUUACAUUCAACAUUCACAUUGCAUUAACGUGUAACACUGUGUCGUGGUCUCGGGUUCGAAACCCUCCCCGCAUUUACCUGAACUGAAGUGACAGUAGAAUUUUACCCUGCUUUACCCUGCUGCAGAAACGGGCAAAUGAGUGUCAGCAGAUCGACAUAUAUUAUCGGCAAAAGUGGAGAAACGCAGCAGCGCGUGCAAAUUUGCAAAGUCGGAUUAAACAUGAAUUGGCACGUGUCUCAAAAAACGAAACAUUGUAUCACACACACACCGAGUUCUAGAUACAUUUCUGCUGCACACAAACUCAGUGAUCGCCAGAACUUCAUCAUCGUUAAAAACGUUCGACGCAAUAACAACAAUAACGAUAAUAAUAACGGUGAUGAGGAUGCGCGCGGCUCUCCGCUUCCUUCGCGCGGUCCUUCCGAAGCCCCUCGGAGCUGCGAACUUUGAGCCAAUCAGAGCGCGGCAUUCCCCCCCCCCCGGCCGGCCGCCCGCCCGCCCGCCCGCCCUCUGUCGCCCCCCCCCCGCCGAGGAACAACAUGGAAGUGGAACCUGGACCGAGGAGCUGAGAGCAGCCUGCAGAACGCGCUGCCCUCCGCGUGCCAAGCACAAGCAAAUAAACAAACAUCAUCAUCAUCAUCAUCAUCAUCAUCGGCGGGGCUGCGCGUGACUGCUGCGUGGGCGCGCUCGCUCAUGCGGCUACUACUAAUAUAUGGCCAUGCUGGGAAUGUACGUGCCGGACAGGUUCGCGCUCAAGUCGUCCGGGGUGCAGGACGGGGUCGGGCUCUACACCGCCAGGCGCGUCAAGAAGGGUGAGAAGUUUGGGCCCUUUGCAGGAGAGAAGAGGAUGACCGGUGAGCUGGACGACACCAUGGACACACGCCUCAUGUGGGAGGUGCGAGGGAACAAGGGCGACGUGCUGUACGUCCUGGACGCGAGCAACCCGCGCCACGCCAACUGGCUGCGCUUCGUGCACCAGGCGCCCACGCAGGAGCAGAAGAACCUGGCCGCCAUCCAGGACGGUGAGAACAUUUUCUACCUGGCGGUGGACGACAUCGAGACGGACACCGAGCUGCUCAUCGGCUACCUGGACAGCGACAUGGAGGAGGACCCCGAGGAGGAGGAAGAGGAAGCGGUGAAGGAUGAAGACGACAGCAGCAAGGAGGCACGGCCCCAGGCAGAGACGGACGUGCUGGUGAAGGAGGACCACCCGUGCCUGCUGUGUGAGAGCAGCUUCCCCAGCGAGGAGGUCCUGGCCGCCCACCUGCACACCCUGCACCAGCGUCCCGCCACCGACGACAAGGACUUCAGGUGUCGAACAUGCGGCAAGAGGUUUCCUGUGAAGCAGGCGCUGCAGCGCCAUGUCCUGCAUUGCACUGAGAGCCUGGGCUCCAGUGGAGACGGUACCGCAGUACACCAGUGUGGCACGUGCCACAGCAUCUUCAGCUCCGAGUCCAGCGGGAGCACGUGUUUGUGUGAGUUGAACACAAGGGUGCGUGACUCGCUCGGUGCCGCGUCUCCUCAGCGAUCCACCGCAGUGCGGCGAGAUGUUUGGAAGCCUCGUUUUGAGGAGGUUCAGCCAAGGCACCCUUCUGCCAACGGAGACAAGUCCAGUUUUCCAGACCACGAGAUGGAACCAAACAAGCAGCUCAUCAGCUUGCAACCGUGGAAGAGUCCAGGGAGCUCCCGUAGAAAGCUGAUGUGCACCAUCUGCAGCAAGAAGUGCUCUUCUUCAGCCAACCUGCAGGAGCACAGAAAGGUUCACGAGGUCUUCGACUGCCCUGCGUGUGAUAAAAAGUUCAUCUCCACCAACCAACUCAAGCGGCAUAUGAUCACCCAUUCAGAGAAACGCCCGUACACCUGCGAAGUCUGCAGUCGCUCCUUCAAACGCCUGGACCAGGUGACUGCACACAAGAUCAUCCACAGCGAGGACAAGCCCUACAAGUGCAAGCUCUGUGGGAAGGAGUUUGCACACAGAAACGUCUACAAGAAUCAUAAGAAGACCCACUCGGAAGAGAGACCCUUCCAAUGUGAGGAGUGCAAGGCCCUGUUCCGCACGCCAUUCUCCCUGCAGAGACACCUGCUCAUCCACAACAGCGAGAGGACCUUUAAGUGCGACCAGUGCGACGCCACCUUUAAGCGCAAGGACACGCUCAACGUCCACAUCCAGGUGGUGCACGACGGCCACAAGAAGUACAAGUGCGACUUGUGCGAGAAGGCCUUCGUGACCCCGUCCGUCCUGAAGAGCCACAAGAAGACUCACACGGGCGAGAAGGAGAAGAUCUGUCCUUAUUGUGGCCAGAAGUUUGCCAGCAACGGAACCCUGCGUGUCCACAUCCGCAGUCACACGGGUGAGCGUCCGUACCAGUGUCCCUACUGCGACAAGGCCUUCAGCAAGAACGACGGGCUGAAGAUGCACAUUCGCACACACACUCGGGAGAAGCCGUACAAGUGCAGCGAGUGUAACAAGGCCUUCAGCCAGAAGCGCGGACUUGAUGAACACAUGAGGACUCAUACCGGAGAGAAGCCCUUCCAGUGCGACGUGUGUGACCUUUCGUUUAGCCUGAAGAAGAUGCUGAUUCGCCACAAGCUCACCCACAACCCCAACCGCCCCAUGGCUGAGUGUCAGCUCUGCCACAAGAAGUUUACCAGGAACGACUACCUCAAGGUUCACAUGGAGAACGUGCACGGCGAAACUGACACGUAGACUGGGUCGCCCUCAUAUCCGGGUGGAGCUUUCCCAAUUGCUUUUUUCAUUCUUUCACCAAAGGAAUGGAUUUGGCUGUUCAACCCCCACAAAGAAGUUAAUCGGACAUGUAAAGUACACAAGAAGUGCGAUUCAAAUCUACACUCCUAUUGAUAAUGUUUAGUUUUUCCGACACUGAACCCCAACGCUUUACUCCAUUUCUACAGCUUUUGUCCUGUUUCUGUGACAUUGUCCUGAUGUUCUCGUUGACCAAAGAUAUUCUGUUUACCAAAGAGUGCUGGUUUAAACUUUUGGGCCAACCUGAGGGUGUAUCAGUCAGUUGCAGUGGGUUCAAGCGAUUAUUAUGCCAAACUGGACUUAGCUGAGAAAUACUGUUUCAGUGUUUUCAUGGUAUUUGUUGGUGUCUGAUUCUGGCUUCAGAGUGCCGACUUUCAUUUUUCUCAUUUUACUAUUCACGGUAAUUUUCUUUCAAGUACGUGGUUUUUCAGUGAAGUUACUCAUUUAAAUGUUUUGUAUUUUUCAUAAAUGUUGAAACGUUAAUAUCUUUAUUUAUUUUAGUUGCAUAGAAAACCUUUUUCUAAUCAUAGGAACUUAUAUAUGUAUGUUAUCUUACAUUUUACUCCAUAACAGUAUUAUUUAAGAUUUUUUUAUAGGAAGCAGUUUUGGUGAACUACUUUGAAUUGGUGCUACAGCAGUUACCCUCCUGGUACUUGUUUCAAAAAAUGUGUUAAUAAAU